AUGUCUACUGAUAACAAGGUCAAAGUCGGUGUCGUUGGUUUCGGCAUGUCCGCCCGGGUCUUUCACUGUCCUUUGAUUACCUCCUCUCCUUAUAUGCAUUUGGCUGCUGUCGUUGAACGCAAAAGUGACAAGUCCAAGAAUGUCUAUCCCUGGAUCCAAGUCAAGAAGAGCACAGAUGAGCUCUUUGCUGAUGCUGAAAUUGAUUUGGUUGUCAUCACUACUCCCAAUGGAUCUCAUUAUUCUUUGGCUCUUGAAGCCAUGAAGAAUGGAAAGCAUGUUGUUGUUGAGAAGCCUUUCACCAUUACCUCCAAGGAAGCUGAGGAUCUCGCUCGUGUCGCCAAGGAAACUGGCCGUAUCUGCAGUGUAUAUCAAAACCGUCGUUGGGAUGGUGAUUUCUUGACUGUCCAAAAGUUGUUAAAGGGUGGUCAAUUGGGUCGUUUAGUUGAAUAUGAAUCUCACUUUGAUCGCUUCCGUAACUUUGUCAAGGCUGGCUGGAGAGAGCAAUCCGAUGCUCCUGGCUCUGGUAUGCUCUAUGAUCUUGGUGCUCACUUGAUUGAUCAAGCACUUGCCUUGUUCGGUAUGCCCAAGUCUGUCUUUGCCAUGGUCAGCAACCAAAGACAAUUGAAGGAAACAGACGUCGCUGAUGAUUUCACCAUCAUUUUGGGCUAUGAAAACUCUUUCAAGGCCAUCCUUCGUUCCAGCAUGUUGGCUCGUCAUGCACCUGUCUUGCGCUUCAACCUUCGUGGCAUGAACGGUUCAUACAGAAAGGAAUACUUGGAUGUGCAAGAAGAUCAACUCAAGUCUGGUGUGGUUCCAUCUGAUACUGAGUAUGGUGUUGAAUCCAGCGAGCGUUUCGGCACCAUCAACACUGACUUCAACGGUGUCCAUGUUGUUGGUAAGGUCGAUACUGAAAAGGGCGAUUAUUUGUCUUUCUACAACAAUGUUGCCCAAUCCAUCCUCAAAUCUGAUCCCGAGAACUUGGCUGUCAAGCCUCAAGACGGUGCCAAUUGUAUCCGCAUCAUUGAGCUUGCUCAACAAAGCAGCGAUGAGGGUCGUGUCAUUACUCUUUAA